AUGUUAACUACAAAUCUUCAUAGAACUUUUCUCUAUCUCAAAAACCUAACUUUCCCACCAAAACCUUACCAAUACCCAUCACCAUUUUCUCCACAUUUUUGCACCAACACUUCAGAUUCAACCACUUUUGCAGUCUCCUACCUCAUAAACAAUUUUGGGUUCUCCCCACAAUCUGCAUCCAAACAUUGCUCAACCUACCAUCUUAGUUUUAAGACUGCCCAAAAACCUGAUUCUGUUAUCACAUUCUUUAGAACCAAUGGUUUCUCUAACUCCCAACUUCGCGAUAUCAUUGCAAAGUUACCAGGGCUACUUUCCUGCAACCCCUCCAUAAGGGUAUUGCCAAAGUUUCAAUUUUUACUCUCCAAAGGUGCUUCUAACUCUGACAUUGUUAACCUUGUCAGUAAGAAUCCCAGAAUCUUGUCUACAAGCGUGGAGAAUCAUAUAGUCCCAACCUAUGAAUUGCUUUAUAGAUUCUUGCAAUCAGACAUGGACAUUAUUGCUAGUGCAAUACGAUAUCCAGCUUUACUUUGUGACCAUCGUGUGCCACACAACAUCACAAUCUUGGUUGAGAAUGGAGUUGCAGACUCGAGCAUUGCAAAAUUGCUUCGGAGGAAUAGUUGGGUACUCCUGAAAUGUGAGAUGCUGAAUUUAGUGGAGGAAUUAAAGAAUUUAGGGUUUAAUCCUUCAAAAACAACUUUUGGUGUAGCGUUGGAAGCCAAACUAACUGUAAACAAAACAUUGUGGAAAGAAAAAGUCGAUGCUUUUAAGAAGUGGGGGUGGUCUGAUGAAGAUGCUCAUGAAGCAUUUAGAAAGAAACCUCACUGUAUGUUGGUAUCCAUUAAUAAAAUUAAUUUAGUGAUGAGCUUUUGGGUCAAUCAAUUGGGUUGGGAUGCGCUUGCCCUUGCAAAAGGACCGUCGGUUUUAUCGAAUAGUUUGGAAAAAAGUAUCAUUCCAAGGGCCUCAGUUGUGCAAUUUCUGCUGAAGAAAGGUUUGCGAAAAAAGGAUGCAAGCUUAACUUGUCCAUUUGUAGUGUCUGAGCAGGUGUUUCUUGAUACGUGUAUAAAACGUUUUAAGGAGGAGACAUCUUAUCUAUUAAAGCUUUAUGAAGAAAAAUUGAGUCUUGCACAAACCAGGGACAAAACCGGCAUGUCAUGA